GGUUGACGUUAAAAUACAAACAUAAUUUCUUUAAAAACUCCACGUCAGAGAUGUUAUUUCGACCUGACGUUGGAGUAUUGUGUAGACGGAGAGAUUGCGCGUCUGUUAUGUGUCACUGAAGGAUCUAGUAGCCCACAAAAAUAUUGCAGUUUAUCAGCUUUUUAUCUUCAAUUCAUGCCACCAUGCUCCAAAUGUUUUUGAUAGUAUUCAUGCUAUCCAUGAGUACCUGCCAGUCCCAGGUAAAGACUUCAUACCCCUCAUUUAAGAAGGAUCGCAACAUCACCAUUCACUCCUCCCAGCUGGUAUGUAGUCUGCCUGGCCCCCAAGGGCCCGAUGGCAACCCUGGAGCCCCUGGAUCUCCAGGGACCAUGGGCCCCAUGGGGACCCCAGGAAACGAUGGCCUGGACGGCAGAGACGGAGAGAAGGGGGAGAGAGGUGACAAAGGUGAGCAGGGGAGGCAAGGGAACCCAGGUAAACCCGGGGUUAAAGGUCGCAGUGGCGUGGUGGGUAAGCAUGGCCCCCGAGGACUAAAGGGCCCACGUGGGGCCCCAGGUCUAGCCGGGGUGCGCGGCACCAAGGGGGACCCAGGGGAUUUGGGGCAUACGGGAGCUCCUGGGGGCUGCAGCUGCAACACCAACUCAGCCCGGUCUGCCUUCUCUGUAGCCCUUACCAAGAGUUACCCCCAAGAGCGUCUCCCGAUCCAGUUCAACCGGAUUUUACUGAACGAGGGGAACAACUACAACGCCACCACCGGGAAGUUUGUCUGCUCCGUCCCGGGAAUUUACUACUUCUCUUAUGACAUCACCCUGUCCAAUAAGCACCUGGCCAUCGGGCUGGUACUCAACGGGCAGUACAAGAUCAAAACCUUUGACGGGAACACUGGGAACCUUGACGUGGCGUCCGGUUCCACAGUUCUCCGGCUGGAACGUCAGGACCAGGUGUGGCUGCAGAUCUUCUACUCGGAACAGAACGGCAUGUUCUACGACCCCUUUUGGACAGAUAGUCUUUUUACAGGCUUCCUGAUCUAUGCAGACCAGGAGUAUCUUCUUGAGGCUGAUAAGAAAGCCAAUAAGGAUUCAUCACCUUCAUCAUAACGGGUUGAACCUAUUGUUUCUUUAUUGAUGAAAAGAGUCUAAGAGCGUGGGAUUACUGCUACCUUUACAAUCUCAAUGAACAAAUUGAUUUGGAUAAUAUGGACCUGAUCCUAGAUAAGCGCUGUUUUGAAUACAGCACUAGUUUGUGUUUUCUUCUCAUUGAGAAGAAUAUGGUCUUCAGUGGAAUUCUUUUUGCAUAUUUUUAUUAAGUGGAUAAAAUGAUAAAUGUAUCUUCUUUUUCAUAUACAGACAUCUGAAAAAUACUUGGUACCCUUGAUAAAGAAGGCUAAAAAUGACUAUAAAAUAACACCGGUAAGGAAAUCUAUUUUCAUUUUCCAAAAUGUUUAAUGUAUUGUACUUUGUAAAUGAUUCCAGAGAAUCAUACAAAUGUCUCAAAAAUUGGAAUUCUGAAAAAUGUACUUUAAAAAUGAUUGGCAUCCUUGAUUUUUCUUUGUCUCUCUGAGCUUUUUUCUUUCAAGAGAACACAUUAGCUGAGAUCUUACACCAUUUUCCAUGAUGAUUCUUUCCAGGUCCUUGAGAUCUUUCUGUCUGGGCUUCAGUACAAUUUAAAAAAUAUAAAUAUAUUAUUUUUCUGAUUGAUUAACUUUUUUACAGAUUUUAUUGCGUUCUUUAGGAUCAUUGCCUUCUUGAAAUAUCCCCUUGUGGCCACGUUUCAGCUUCAUAAUAGAGGCAAUGGCCAUCUCAGUCUCCAGACUUUAAUUAGUUAGAAAGCCAGCAGUUUGAAAACAAGGGUGCCAGACAUUUUCACACCCUGUGAAAAUACAUGUAUAAUAAAUGUGUAACUUUGGUUGAUUCCCUUGAAUCACUAGUGAAUUACAAUUAAUUUAAUUACAAUAUAUUGUACUGUGUUGUUUAAUUUCUACAGCUUUUUUCCUUGUCAACAAUUAUUUAGAGGUGACUGUAUUUUUGGAAAUGUUAUGGCUUAUUCACACCAGGUGGCGCUGAGUUGCAAAGAUAGUAGUUUAGUAUUUAUAAACAGAAUAUCACAUUAUCAGUGAAUGAACUGUCUGCUUACAUUUUUUAUUCUUUAAUUAUGCAAACAGGUUUUAUUUCCACAUUCAACCUUUUUUUGGUGCUGUUUAAGAGAUAUUAGACAUUGAGCAUAUUCCAAAUUUAAAAGUGUUGGAAGCAAAUGUAUAUUAUG